GGCUAUUAAUUCAGAAAAGAGAGGUAAACCAAGCCUGGAUGCAGAUAAAACCAGCUGAAGACAUACUCACGUAUGAAGAAUUUCAUCCUUUCUUGUUUUCUCAACAUUUACAAUGUCCAUAUAUAGAAUUUGAAUCAUUUGACAAGGAAAAACAAGCACUGAAGAAACUAGAUAAUGUUCGAAAGGAUCAUGAAACCAGAUUAGAAGCUCUUCAGCAGGCUCAGGAAAUAGACAAACUGAAAGGAGAGCUCAUAGAGAUGAACCUGCAGAUAGUCGACAGAGCCAUUCAGGUAGUCCGAAGUGCAUUAGCCAACCAGAUAGACUGGACGGAAAUUGGCCUGAUUGUGAAAGAAGCACAAGCUCAAGGAGACCCUGUUGCAAGUGCAAUCAAAGAACUGAAACUGCAAACAAACCAUGUUACAAUGCUGCUGCGAAAUCCAUACUUGUUAUCAGAGGAGGAAGAUGGUGACGGUGACGCCAGUGUGGAGAGCAGUGACGCUGAGCCACCAAAAGGGAAGAAGAAGAAGAGCAAGCAGCAGCCGCAGAAGCUGCAGAGAAACAAGCCGCUGCUUGUCGAUGUGGACCUCAGCCUGUCAGCCUAUGCCAAUGCCAAAAAAUAUUAUGAUCAUAAGAGGUAUGCUGCUAAGAAAACACAGAGGACUGUUGAAGCUGCUGAGAAGGCAUUUAAAUCAGCAGAAAAGAAAACAAAACAAACCUUAAAAGAAGUACAAACAGUUACUUCUAUCCAGAAGGCAAGAAAAGUGUAUUGGUUUGAGAAAUUUCUGUGGUUCAUUAGCUCAGAGAACUAUCUAAUUAUAGGUGGUCGAGAUCAGCAACAGAAUGAGAUCAUUGUGAAAAGAUACUUGACACCAGGAGAUAUUUAUGUACAUGCUGAUCUUCAUGGAGCUACCAGCUGUGUGAUUAAGAAUCCAACAGGAGAACCCAUCCCUCCACGGACUCUGACUGAGGCGGGCACAAUGGCACUUUGCUAUAGUGCUGCUUGGGAUGCUCGAGUUAUCACUAGUGCUUGGUGGGUGUACCAUCAUCAGGUGUCUAAAACAGCACCAACAGGAGAAUAUUUGACAACAGGAAGCUUCAUGAUAAGAGGAAAAAAGAAUUUCCUUCCUCCGUCGUAUCUAAUGAUGGGGUUUAGCUUCCUUUUUAAGGUAGAUGAGUCUUGCGUCUGGAGACAUCGAGGUGAACGAAAAGUCAGAACACAGGAUGAAGACAUGGAGACACUGACAAGCUGCACAAGUGAACUUGUGUCAGAAGAGAUGGAGCAGCUAGAAGGGGGUGACAGCAGUGAAGACGAUAAAGAGGGAUUACAUGAAACUCCUGUAGAAGUAGAACUUGUGACUCAGGGCGAUCAAGAGGUUGCUGUUCAGAGUGGCAGAGAUGAAUUAAGUGAGGAAUUAAUACAGGAGGAAAGUUCUGAAGAUGGAGAAUCCAAAGAAGUCACGAAAGACGAAGAGCCCGUUGGUGAGAUGAAGGGUGAGGAGGAAGACAUGCUCGAUUAUCCUGACACCACCAUUGACUUGUCCCACCUUCAGUCCCAGAGGCCUCUGCAGAAACUGGCUACAAGAGAAGAAUCUUCUAAUGCAAGUGACAGUAAAUCACAUAGCCGGAGACAUUUGUCAGCCAAGGAAAGAAGAGAAAUGAAAAAGAAAAAGCUUCCAAGUGACUCAGGGGAUUUAGAAGUGAUGGAAGGAAAGGAGAAAGAAAGAGAAAAUGCUGUGCACACGGAAGCUAACCAGAGCACAGGCAGAAAUGUUGCAGCUGGACAGCCAAUGAAAAGAGGACAAAAGAGUAAAAUGAAAAAAAUGAAGGAAAAAUACAAAGACCAGGAUGAAGAAGAUCGUGAACUUAUUAUGAAAUUGCUAGCAUCUGCAGGUUCAAACAAAGAAGAAAAAGGGAAGAAGGGGAAGAAAGGAAAAGGGAAAGACGAGCCUGUGAUGAAGCAGCCACAGAAGCCCAGGGGGGGACAGCGGGCUCUCGAUGUUGUUAAGAAGGAGCCACCGUCCCUUCAGGUUCUGACUCAGGACAUACACGACUUGGCUGUAGAUGAUCCACAUGAUGACAAGGAAGAACAUGAUCUGGAUCAGCAGGGAAACGAGGAAAAUCUGUUUGAUUCUUUGACAGGGCAGCCACAUCCUGAAGAUGUACUAAUGUUUGCUAUUCCAAUCUGUGCCCCUUACACCACCAUGACAAAUUAUAAAUACAAAGUGAAACUUACUCCUGGAGUUCAGAAAAAGGGAAAAGCUGCAAAGACGGCUUUGAAUAGUUUCAUGCAUUCCAAAGAAGCAACAGCAAGAGAAAAAGACUUAUUCCGCAGUGUGAAGGACACAGAUUUAUCAAGAAACAUUCCUGGCAAAGUGAAAGUAUCUGCACCUAAUCUUCUUCAUGUAAAGAGAAAAUAGCUGAAAUGAGUCCUGAGACAUUGGGAAGAGCCAGUUUUAUAUAGCCUUUGGAAGUCACAGAUGCAGACGUGUUAAUAGGACUUCCACAUUUACAAAUGAAUACAUUGCCUUGCUAUAUCACCAAAAGGACUUAAGAUUUUUUUCAAGUUUUAUAUAUAUAUAUAUAUAUAUAUAAACUGUUACAGUAGUAUUUCCUAAAAUAUUUGUGAGAAGUUAAAUGAUACACAUCUGUAAUUGUUCUACAUUUUAUUGAAAUUCUUGAGGUUUCAUUUAAUGAUGUAAAGACCCUGAAGUGGCUCGACUGCAUUAACUACUGACCCGGAGGUUUACUGUAGAUGACUCUAAUACAUAUAUAUUAUGGCCAAUCA